AUGUCCAGCCUGGCUUCCCAACCGAUCCAGGCUGAUGACUUGGUCAACCCAGGCAAUUCAUCUGCUUGCUCCAGUACUCACACAACCCAUGGAACCCCCCCGGACAUGAAGGACUGGACCAUGAAUGGUGCCGAGUCCCUCGACCAGGCCAUCUCUUCUUCCAAGCCGGACUCUCCCGCAGUGCAAAUGCUUGCAUUCUCCAUGUCUCAGCAGCUGAUGACGCCCACAGUGGGGCCCAAUGAUGUGAUGUUCCCAGAGAUGACGGACUUCCCAGCAGUUCAAGACCCCAAUGACCGCAGUGAUAUGUCCCAGGACUUGAAAUACUCCUAUAUGGAUUUUUUGAGAGUGAUCCUGACAUACACAGUGGCACCCCAGAUGAUACCUACUCCGAUGGGCACAAUCAGCUUUCAUCUAGCAUUUUCCAACCUGUCCCAAUCUCUCCCCCCCUUAACGGAGGCUAGUAAUGAUGUCUCUGUUACUUCUUCAUGUUCUCACACGGGCUUUUCUUCGUUUAUGGCCACUGAUGAUGUCCUACUUGGAGACUUCACUUCUAUUGGCAACCAGGGGGUCAACCCGAUGGACCCUUUGUUCCCCAGCACGGCGCUCACUGACCGGGACCCCAACAACAAAUACCUGGACUCCCACUUAAAGCCUUACCGUUGCAAAGUGGAUGUUUGCGUGGAAGCUCAACUCCGCUUCUCAUCCAACGCUUGCUUGUUCCGCCACGAGCGCGAGGCUCACGGAUUACAUGGCCAUGGAGAUAACCCCAACCUCUGCCUUUGGGAGGGCUGUGAACGGUCCGUUCCAGGAUACGGAUUCCCCCGGAGAUGGAAUCUAUUCGACCACAUGCGGCGAGUGCACGACUACACGAUUUCAGAGCGUCCCAGCUCUCCGGAGGCUCCACCGGUCUCCACGACCAUCAAAAGAAAGGAACCAGCUGGCCGCAAGAAAAGGAUCACGGGCGCAACCCCGGGCCAGACCAUGAAGCGCACCCGUUCGGUGCACUCCCAGGCCAGUUCUCUCAAGGCCACCCAAAGCUCAGCACAUCAUGGACAUCGGCUACAAAAUGCUGAACGCAGUUACUACAAUUGCCGCUCCCGUCUGCUGGAGGAACUCGACAGGAUCACGCCACAGAAUAUCACCAUGCAUGAUAAGGUCAAUGCCAGCCUCCAGGAAUUGUUUACCCUCGGACUGAACUAUCGUCACAUUGAGGCCAGUCACACCAUGCCACAGCCGACGAAUAGAUCCCCAUCUGCAUGA